CGCGUCCCAUGAUGUUUCCAACAGCUGACAGACGGUGAAAGCCUGGGCGAGAGCUGUCAGGGAGGGAGAGAUCUGAGUCUCCGCGUAACGGGCAGAAUACACAACCCGAGCACUGUUGGACUUUGGAUUGCUUUGAACCAGGAUAUUGAUAUCGAGCUAUUUUUAUUGCUUUGUCCGAAUUUUGAGACAUUUAAGUUCAAUAAUAUUGCGUCGUUGGUGCAUGUGCAUUUGAACAUUUACAGUUUGCAUCUACCCCCUAAACCCGUGCCCAAUGCCGAGGAAUGGAUAGUGUGUCUGAGAAAGGUGGAAAGAUGGUCGAGAGUGAUGAGCAGUCGGAGAGGGAUAGUGGCGGUGGCGCAGCGAUGGCAGCUCUACACCAAUGCGAACUCAUCCAGAACAUGAUUGAAAUCUCCAUAUCCAGUUUACAGGGGCUCCGGACGAAAUGCGCGGCGUCCAACGACCUCACACAGCAAGAGAUACGUACUUUAGAGGUGAAGCUGAUGAAGUACAUUUGUAAGCAGCUGCAGUGUAAGCAGAAAGUGCCGGAGACAGAGAGGCCUCAGGCCUUGGACAGCUACCCACGGCUGGGGGACUGGCUGCGGACCGUCAACCUGAGACCUGAGCUCAUAGAGGCGGUGCCGGUGAAGCUGUCCUUGGAUGCCUUGCUGCAGAUGCCAGGUUCUCACGUGCGGGAGACCAUGAGGAGACUGGGCUCCAGUAUAGAGGAGUGUUCCAGGCUCAGCGCUGCCCUCUCCUGCCUGAAGAGUGCCACUGAAUCAGAUGGAGAGCUAAGAGAGGAUGGGGGGCCCUGGUUCUCUGAGCCCACCCGGCGAGAAAGUGGCUCUCUGCUGCUGCCUCCCGACCAGCUUUUGGGAGGGAUGGGGGGUCCAAUGCGCCCCCACAGCCCCUCUCCUCUUGCUCGGCCCCCCACCACCCCAUCCACUCCCUCCACCCCCUGCACCGCCUGUGCCCAUCCCCGGUCCUUCUCCGUGUCUACAAUGCCUGGUCCCGAGGCCCACGGGGCAUACGUUUACGCUGACAGCCCCCUCACAGACCCCUUCCCCCUCUCUGCCGCCCGACAGGGGCGACUCCACGGGCACAACUCCCCCCCGCCCCUCACCCCGCCCUCCAAGAGACGCCACAGGCUGAAGCCCCCCUGCACCCCGCCGCCCCCCUCCCGCAAGGUGCUGCACCUUCUGCCCAACAUCACCCUGACCCGCAGCAAGAGCCACGAGUCCCAGCUGGGGAACCGCAUCGAGGAGCCGCCAACCAACAAGUGUGCAAAGAAGAAUAAGUUGUUCCUCAAUGUUCAGAUCAAUGGGAAUGGCUGUGAGGACUCACCCUCCCGUUCCCCCCACCGGGCUGCCCGCACCCCUGGGGUUUCCACUCCUGCCCCCGCCCCCUACACCCUACCUGGCACCCCUACACUGAUGGAGGAGCAUUCAUCUCACCUCAAGAAUAACAUGGGGUUGCACCGUGGCUCCCCACAGGCAGUGAGGAGAGACAUAGGCCUGGCCGUCACUCACAGGUUUUCCACCAAGUCGUGGCUGUCCCAGACGUGUCAGGUCUGUCAGAAGAACAUGAUGUUUGGUGUGAAGUGUAAACACUGCAGGUUAAAGUGCCAUAACAAGUGUACUAAAGAAGCUCCCUCCUGCAGAAUCUCUUUCCUGCCAAUCACCAAAAUCCGGAGGACUGAGUCUGUGCCGUCUGACAUCAACAACCCUGUAGACCGGCCAUUAGAGACACCACAGUUUGGCACACUGCCAAAGGCCAUCACCAAAAAGGAUCACCCCCCUGCGCUGAACCAGUUGGACUCCAGCAGUAACCCGUCCUCCACCACCUCCUCCACACCCUCCUCCCCUGCCCCUUUCCAGAACCCUCCCAGUGCUACCCCGCCCCCCAACUCCUCACCCAAGGUCCACCGGGACAACCGCUUCCACUUCCCAGCUGCCUGCUACUUUCAGCAUAGACAGCAGUUUAUCUUCCCUGAUGUGUCCAGUUCUUCUAUGUUGCACUCUGAAGCCCUCCAUGACACAGUUGAGACUGAACCAGCAGAUGACAUACACUCUGAACUGGCCGAGGAUGAGGACGGAGAGGAGGAAGAGGAGGAGGUGGUUGAACCUGAGAUCGACCCAGACCCAGUAGUGGAGGAAGAAGAUGAGGAGGAGGAAGAUGAUGAUGAAGAUGGGGGUGGGAGUGAGAUGAAUGGGGGUUCGGAUGGUGAGUGUGAUGGUGAUGAGUUGGAUGACCUGCCCAACUCAAGGGGAGGUCGCUGGAAAGGUCCCAUCUCCCGUAAGGCCAGCCAGACCAGUGUCUACUUGCAGGAGUGGGACAUCCCCUUCGAACAGCUGGACCUGGGAGAGCUCAUUGGGAAGGGCCGUUGGGGCAAGGUGCAUAAGGGCCGUUGGCAUGGAGAGGUGGCCAUCAGGCUGCUGGAGAUAGAUGGGAACAACCAGGACCACCUGAAGCUGUUUAAGAAGGAGGUGAUGAACUACAGACAGACCCGUCAUGAGAACGUGGUCCUCUUCAUGGGGGCAUGCAUGGCCCCUCCCCACCUUGCCAUCAUCACCAGUUUCUGUAAAGGGAGGACACUAUACUCUGUCGUUCGAGACACCAAAAACACACUGGAUAUAAACAAGACGAGGCAAAUUGCUCAAGAAAUUGUAAAGGGAAUGGGCUAUCUGCAUGCCAAAGGCAUUGUCCACAAGGACUUGAAGUCGAAGAACGUCUUUCAUGACACCAAUAAAGUGAUUAUUACAGACUUUGGUCUGUUUGGAAUCUCUGGAGUGGUUCAGGAGGGGAGGCGAGACAAUGAGCUGAAGCUUCCACAUGGCUGGAUCUGUUACCUGGCGCCAGAGAUCGUACGCAGGAUGAGUCCUGGAAACAAUGAGGACCACCUGCCAUUCUCCAACGCUGCAGACGUCUACGCCUUUGGCACCAUUUGGUACGAGCUCCAAGCCAGGGACUGGCCUAUCACCAACCAGCCUGUGGAGGCUACCAUCUGGCAGGUGGGGAGUGGUGAGGGCAUCAAGAAGGUCCUGGCUGAGAUCAGCCUUGGAAAGGAGGUCACGGAGAUCCUGUCUGCCUGCUGGGCCUAUGACCUGAGGGAGCGGCCCACCUUCACCCAGUUGGCUGACAUGCUGGAGAAGCUGCCCAAACUCAACCGGAGACUGUCCCACCCUGGACACUUCUGGAAGUCUGCAGAGUACGUAUCCUAGAGAUGGAGGUAGAGGUAGAAGCAUGGGAGGAGUAUAUGUCCUGCCUGCCCGGAGAUGCACUCUGACCCCUGACUGGGCUCUGACUCGUCUGGAAUGGACUUGUGUAUAAAACAAAGGGGUUCAACUGAAGGCUUGUAAAGGAUGACCCCCAGAUUGCUGUGAGGUAUUAGGCCCACUGAUGUAAAACUAAUGGGGACCAGGCAGGGUAUGCCUGAGUAGACUCUUGGUAGUAGUUUAUGUUCGUAAUAUUCAUGAGCCACAUUAGCAUCUGAUGGUCCACUACAAAUACAUUGACCGCUGUAAUAUGAGGGAUGGUGAUUUCUAUUGGUGAAUAAUUUAUCAUUUAGAAAUGAACCAUAUGUGAUGCUAAGGGAAUGUUCUUUGUUUUAUCUUCUGCUUUCCAAACUCUAUCUCCCCCAGGAUGUGACUGUGAGUUGAAUGCACUUUUGUGUUUAAAAGCAUUGUUUUGUCCCUCCCUUUCCUGGACUAUUUCCUGACCUGCUCUGUACCCCUACAUCUCCACACCCCUCUCCUCUUCUCAUAUGUUAGAUAUACAGUACCUGGUCCAGAUUUCUCUCCACCUCUCCUAUCAUCUCUCUCCUGCUCGUUCUCUGUAACUUCCUCAUUCACUACAUACUGCAUGUCUGUCACUCAAAGGCCCAUGGGUGGAGUCUUCUCUCACAUGAACCUGUUGUCCAGUAACAGCCACCAUCAGUUCAACAACUCUCUGCUAGUGGAACUGGCUUAACUACUGGUCUUCUGUUUGUAUGCAAACACACGCUGGCCUCUUCCAACACUAUCAGGAAUGAUACCACAGAUGCCCCAACAAAGUCUGUCUGCAUAGCAUGCCAGAGCUUGAAUGGGAAGAGAAGCACGUACCAGCUUGCAUGGUGUUUGCCAUGGUCUGUUGGGACACUUUGCAUGGGCUUGUGAAUCCUGAAAAAGCUUUCUGUGAGAAAGCUCAUCUGAGUUUUCUGUGGUACAUAAAUCUGGACCCUUGUUUCAUGUUGAAGUAUUUACCUGUCUACUCUACUGCACUGGUCUUAUUCUCUCAAUGUUACACCUGUUAGCAUAGUUUCACCAGCAGUCUCUAACCUCCAUGUUUUCCUUUGUUCUCUCUCUCUCUUUGUGUUUUCUGUCUUCCUAAUAUAGGUUGUAGCCGUCACUAUGAAAUAUAAGCAAUGCAAAACAAACAAAGCCUGGGUCUGCCUUGCAUGCUCCUGAAAUCAUUAACUCUUAGGAUUGAUCAAAACAUUGACUCUGCCUGAUACAGACACUGCUUCCACUAACCCACAGCCUGAUCUUCCAUGUCUAUUAAACUGUAGUGUUUGGUUGUGUGGGAGUGAAGGGUGCUGGACUGAGGAGGUUAACAGUAGUGCUUCGCUACCUCCCCUCAACUUUCCUUCCUUCAUCUCAAAACUUCUUGCCUUUUUUAUUUUAUUUAUUUUUUGCUUUUUGGACUAUCUGAGACUUGUGACUAACUGGUUUGUGGUGUCUGUGAUAAGACUGACUGGUGUGCUGUGGCCUGUGCCUGGUGGCUAACGGCUGCUCUA